UGCGGCCACUUUGGCGGUGUCGUGAAGGCGACUUCGGCGGCAUCCUCACGACUGCGAUUUUCAAUACGGGACGAUAUUGCACUUGGUUUGGAAAAUCCAGUAAGGUGGGCAACGAUCACCGGCAACAUGAUGCUUGUGACGCACGAACAUUUCUCGGCGAAGGUAUGGUGUGCGAAGGGAAUUUCGAAGGUCUGCCUGCUGUUCCGCCUCUGCUUUCACAAACACCGGACUGUACUGGAGACAGAGGGUAGAGACAACUACAAGGAUGCCAUCUACGAUUGCGUCGCGAAGCAUCUAAAAAUGAUAUUUCUCAAGUUGAAUCCGGAAUUCUGUGCAAACAGCACAUUCGCCAAACUCGACCACUUCGUGGACGAAGGAGCGCCCUGUUUGCACGAGCACGACAUUUUCCACACAGACGUCAAGGUGGCGCUUGCAGCUCUGCGUUGGCUCCGGGAAGCCUUCUUCUGAAGCUGGCAGACAGAAAGUUGGCACGCCGAAAGCUGCUCAAAAUAAAACGA